AUGAUUCCGGCUACAUCUCCCGGUGGCUCUUGUAGUUCCAAUGAAUGCGAAGUACCCGAUAUAUCAAUGGAGACAGACUGGACUGAAGGUGAUCGAAAUGACGCCCCCAAAGAUUUCCUUAAUAUUAGCGAGACAAUAUCUGCUGCUGCCCUGCAAGCCUCUCCCCAGAAACAACCUGAGGAUGCUUCACACCACGGUAUUGCUUGUGACAAUGAGACCAACAGAUCGCCCUCUGCCACUGCCAUGAACCCUCGAGCCUACCAGUUGGAGAUGCUCGACCAGAGCCUCAAACAAAAUGUCAUUGUGGUUAUGGAUACGGGAAGUGGCAAGACUCAAGUUGCCGUGCUGCGCAUCAAAGCCGAGCUGGAUCGAUCCGCUCCCGAUAAGAUAAUAUGGUUUCUCGCGCCAACUGUCGCAUUGUGUGGCCAACAAUUCGAUGUGAUCCGGUUGCAGGCAGCAUCGGUGCCUAUGAAACUGAUCACGGGCAACGAUCAGGUUGACACAUGGUCGGCCGACACCUGGGAUACGAUUCUAGAUGGGGUGCGCGUUGUUGUGUCAACCUACCAGGUUCUCCUGGAUGCACUAUGUCACGCAUUUAUCAACAUCGACCGGCUUUCUCUCAUAAUCUUUGACGAAGGAAAACACCCGGGAAGCAAGAUCAUGACAGACUUCUACCACCGCAAUAAACAUACGGCCGAAAGUAUUCCAAAUAUCCUUGGCAUUACAGCAACUCCUAGUAUGACAGAAGAUCUUGAGAACAUGGAGAUUCUCGAGGCAGUACUGGACGCGAAAUGCAUUUCCCCUACCAGGCAUCGAGAAGAGCUUCUGAAGUGCGUCAAGCGACCGCAGAUAUACAGCAUUCUUUAUGACGCACCUCGGUCGUUGCAGUACACAGAAUCAAUGUACCGUUUGCGGAGAGAGUUCCUAAACCUCGAUAUAACAGAAGACCCAUAUAUUUUAAGGCUCCAAGAAGACCCCUCAGACCGAAAUUGUCGGGCACUCGUGCGAGCUGUUGAGAAGUACGACACAUUUGUGCAGAACCAAAUUAAGGGCUUAUGGGGACGCAGCGUCGAGAUAUUACAACAACUUGGAACCUGGGCUGCGGACAUGUACAUCUGGAAGUCUGCUUCUGCCUUCCUGGCCCGUACAAACACCAAUGGUAUCUUCAAUGAUUGGCUUGAUGCCGAGAAGAAGUACUUGGCAGACUUUAUUCGUCGAGUUUCGCCUUCUUGCCCAGCUCCAAUGCCACAAAGUGGCAGUGAGGUGUCCGAGAAGGCGACCGCCCUGGUUCGAGAGCUUGUGUCAGUAGAGGAAUCGACAAUAUGUCUGAUUUUCGUAAAGGAGCGAGCAACUGCCAGUGCUCUCCGUGAGUUUCUGAUGUCGUGUCCACGUAUUGUGGAAAAGCAUCGCAUUGGAUCGAUGGUUGGGACAUCCAACUAUCAGAGUAGGAAACUAACUCUUUCUGAACUCAUCGGACAGAGUUCAGACCAAAUGGCAGCCUUGCAAAGCUUUCGUUCAGGAAAGAUCAAUAUUCUCAUUGCUACGUCCGUCUUGGAGGAAGGGAUUGACGUGCCAGCCUGCAAUAUGGUCAUAUGCUUUGACCACCCUGCAACUCCCAAGUCAUUUGUGCAACGACGGGGACGAGCGAGGAUGAAAGAGUCAAAACUGAUAUUGCUUAGUGAAUAUUCUUCGUCAGCUGUUGGUAAAUGGGAAGCAUUGGAGGAAAAUAUGAAAGCUGUUUAUCAAGACACGCAGCGCGAGAUCCGCACGAUACAGAGCCUCGAGGACUCUGAAGAGUCGUCGUCAACUUUCAUGGAAGUCGAGUCCACUGGAGCUAGACUCGACUUCGAGAAUGCAAAGUCACAUUUGGAGCAUUUUUGCAGAGUUUUGUCUCAGGGAGACUUUGUUGACAGUCGACCGGACUAUAUUACCCAUUCCCAUGAGGACUGGGAUUCAAGUUCAAAGCCAAUGUUGAGCGCCACUGUGCUUCUCCCAUCACUCGUUCCCGCUCAACUUCGGCAAAUUGACAGCAAAUCAAGCUGGCGUUCGGAGAAGAAUGCAACCAAAGAUGCUGCUUUUCAGGCCUACCAGACUCUAUACCAGGCUGGUUUGGUGAAUGAACAUCUACUACCCUUCCGGUAUGAAGACAUACCUGGCGUAGAAACCAGAGCACCGGAGGUAGAAGUGGAAUCACUGCUCAACCCUUGGUUCGGGGUGGCAAAAGCCUGGACAGAGGGAGACCAGUCAUGGCUCUACUCUCUCAAAUGUCAUGACCCGAUGCACGGCGAAUCUGAAUACAACGUGCUUGUUCCUGCGGAACUUGACCAGCUUCGAAAUAUCCAGCUAUACCUUAACAGCAGUGAUAUCUGUGAGCUACGUUUCGACUCCUGUCGGCCCAUCUCUGCCGCCGAUGUAGCUGCGAUGCCAGAUCACACUUCCGCAUUGCUGGCACUUCCUUUCGCACAUCGAUGGUCAAUUGAGGAGAAGCAUCACAUUAUCAGGAUUUGGACACAAGAGCAUCAAGUAUCAAUGGGUGGGAUUGGGGGUAAGAGCUUCGACCCGAAUACCAGUGACGUUAUUGAAGGGAAAUACUUGGUUAGAGACGAGUCAAACCGCCCAUAUCACUAUGUAGGGCUUCUUCCAUCUAAGCCUACGGCUGAAAGUAUUCAGAGCUCAAUCUUUGACUACGAAAAUGCUCCAGACGAUGUACCAUAUUUGAUUGUUAAGAGAUGGGCCAAACGAUCCGACUUCCUUCAUCCUGUUUUCUCCGACGCUACUCCUGCGACGACAAAGCCAUGUCCUCGAGUUAUUCCUUUAUCCUGGGCAACAGCAGAUAGCAUCCCUCUCAAAUUCGCACAGUUUGGCAUGCUUAUACCAUCCCUUAUACACGAGUUAGAGGUCACAUUGAUUGCGAAGGAAUUAUCGACCACACUCCUGGAAAGAAUCAACAUCACUGAUCUCGGGCUGGUUCGAGAGGCAAUUAGCUCCCGUAGCGCAGCAGAGCCUGUCAACUAUGAGCGGCUUGAAUUUCUUGGGGAUUCGAUUCUUAAAUACUGCACUGCCAUACAAGUCUCGGCUAUUCAUCCGGAAUGGCCUGAAGGAUAUCUGUCAUUCUUCAAAGACCGCCUUGUAGGCAAUUCUCGACUAUCCAGAGCAGCCAUAGAUGUAGGGCUCGCCAAGUUUAUUCUUACAAAGUCCUUUACCGGCCAAAAGUGGCGACCAUUGUAUCUGGAUAAUUAUACCGGGAACCCAGGCAAAGUGUCGCCACGUAAAAUAUCGACGAAGACCUUGGCCGAUGUAGUAGAAGCACUUAUUGGAGCAUCGUACAUCAACGGGGGCAUAACAAAAGCACAGAACUGCAUAUCAUUGUUCGUCAACGAAAUACAAUGGCAAGAUGUCAGCGCAAACCGUGCGCUGUUUUUCAAGAUGGCACGAGAUCAGGAUGUAUUACCAGCAGAGCUCAAACCCCUGGAGCAUUUGGUCGGGUAUCAGUUCAAGAAGAAAUCGUUGCUAAUUGAAGCUAUGACCCACCAGUCGUGUAUGUUCGACUACAACCGGCGAUCUUACGAACAUUUGGAAUUCAUUGGCGACGCUAUUCUGGAUUUCAUAAUCGUGCGAAAGAUGUACACCGCUGGGCCGCUCCUAGCCCCUUAUCAGAUGCAUUCGCUAAAGACAGCAAUGGUAAAUGGGGACUUCUUGGCAUUUUUGUCUCUUGAUCACCAGAUGCGGCGGACAGAAACAGCCGUCACAUCCAGCUUGCAGAUUAUUGAUAAGGAGACGACCCCUUUAGCCCUGUGGACAUUUAUGCGGCAUUCUUCAGAGGCGAUUGGAAUCGAGCAAGCCGCGACAUUGAAACGAUAUGAAGCACUUCGUGGGGAAAUUCUGGCGGCACUCCGCCAGGGAUCGCGGUAUCCAUGGGCUCUCCUUGCCCGACUCCAGGCCAAGAAGUUCUACUCGGACAUUUUUGAGUCCUUGCUUGGGGCAGUGUGGGUUGACUCGGGUUCAAUCGAGCUGUGUGAGUGCAUGCUCCAGAAAUUCGGGGUUUUGUCAAUUCUAGACCGCCUUCUUAAAGACAGGGUUGCGGUACAGCAUCCUAAGGAGGUGCUGGGUAAAAUGGCGGUUACGCAGACUGUCACAUAUGAUGUUGAUGUGCAGGAGGCACCUGAUGGUGAAAAAGCAUUUACAUGCCGUGUUCUAAUGGGCGAAAAAGUCGUUACUGAGGUUGUUGAUGGUGUGACCAGGGAAGAAGUCAAGACGAAGGCUGCAGAGGAGGCAAUACGAAUUCUGGGAGCGGAAAGAGACAAGGCAGCGGAAGUCGAGCAUUGA